UUUCCAUAAGAUCACACCAUUGUAUAUUUUUCAGUUUUAUUGAUGGAUCAAAAUCUUGAUACGUUCUCCAAUUUCACCACCAAAUCCAGUGGCUAAUUAAUUAGGUUUUGAGUUGUGCAUGCAUCGAUCACUCAAUUUUUCUUUCUUCUCAUGGUGUUCGUAUUCAAGAAUCAUUCUCCUUUUGUGGAUCAAAAUUCAUUGAUGAAGAAGAUACGAGGAUUAGCGUUGAUGGGUAUCCUUAAAUACUCCGCAUUUCCAUGGACUACAUUAGUUGCUGCUGUCUUCGUGUUUGUCAGUCUCACCUUAUCAAUCUUCCUCUUGUUCCAGCACCUAUCUGCUUACAAGAACCCUGAGGAACAGAAGUUUUUGUUUGGUAUCGUGCUCAUGGUACCAAGUUAUGCUGUUGAAUCUUUUGUGUCGCUAUUGAAUCCAUCGAUUAGCCUUGAAAUCGAGAUACUGAGAGAUUGCUAUGAAGCUUUUGCAAUGUAUUGCUUUGGGAGAUAUCUUAUUGCAUGCUUGGGGGGUGAGAAGCGGGCGAUUAAUUUCAUGGAAAGGGAAGGACGUGCGGGUCAAAGAAGCCCGUUGCUAGACCAAACUUCCGAAAAAGGAACCAUCCACCAUAUUUUUCCAAUGAAUUUGUUUUUAGAACCAUGGAAACUCGGCCAGCGGGUUUACCAAAUCAUGAAAGCUGGAAUCGUUCAAUACAUGAUCAUAAAAGCUGUUACAUCUGUUUUGGCUGUGUUUCUAGAAGCCUUUGAUGUAUACUGUGAAGGAGACUUCAAGUGGGGAUGUGGGUACCCUUACAUGGCUGUCGUUAUAAACUUCAGUCAGACAUGGGCUUUAUAUUGCUUAGUUCAGUUUUAUGAAAUCACAAAGCAUGAACUGUCGCAUAUCAAUCCGUUGUCAAAGUUUCUAACGUUUAAGUCAAUUGUAUUCCUGACAUGGUGGCAAGGCGUCGCUAUUGCCCUUCUUUUUUCUUUCGGGUUAGUCAGAAGUCCAAUCGCUCAAGAGCUGCAGUUCAAAUCAAGCAUACAGAACUUUUUCAUCUGUAUUGAGAUGGGGAUUGCUUCAAUGGUUCACUUAUAUGUGUUUCCAUCUGAACCAUACAAGCUAAUGGGAGAUUAUUUUACGGGCGAUUUCUCUGUUCUCGGCGAUUAUUCUAGUGACUGUCCUUUAGACCCUGAUGAAGUUAGAGACAGUGAACGCCGCACAAAACUACGGCUCCCGCGACCAGCUGAUGAUGUCAAGAUCAAAACCGCCAUUCGAGAAAGCGUGCGUGAUGUUUUCGUUGGUGGUGGUGGAUAUAUUGUUAGUGAUCUAAGGUUUACAGUGAACCAAGCAAGGGUACCAGUAGAAAAGGGGAUCACAAAGUUUAAUGCAAAGCUGCACAAAAAAUUUGAAAACAUAAAGAAGGGAGAUAAGGAUCCUGGAACAAGAGAUGACAGUUGUCUUACUAAACAGAGAGUAAUACGCGGGAUCGAUGAUCCCCUUCUAAACGGGAGUUAUAGCGACAGUGGCGACUCUAAGAAGAAAAGGCACCGCAGGAGCUAUACAAGUGGCGGUGAGAUUAUUACUGACCAAAGCUUGAAGUUUGGUCGGUAUGAGGUUCGCGGAAGUAGGUGGGUUACCAAGGAUUAGUUGUGUUGGUUAACUGGAACACGACUCGACUCGUUUCAUAUGGGAAAUGAUGUUUGAAAAAGGUUGUAACAUGGAUGUAACAGCCAUUUGAUUUUCAUAUAAUCAAAGUUUUUGUUUUUCUCUU